UGAUACACUUGCAGGAGAAUUAUCACGACUAGGCCAUCAUAAUAGCAACUCAAAAAAUGGAGAACAUACAAUUCAUGCUACAAUACAUACAUUUGGUCCAUUGCAUAAUCUUGAAAUAAUAGAAGAUGAUGAUGAUUCAUCCGAAGAUGAACAUAAAUAUGAUAGAAUAAUGAGACAACCUAAAAUAAGACAGUAUUGGCAUAAUAAAAACUUACAUAGAGAAGCCGAAGAAAGAAGAGUUAGUUUUACGGAAUUAUUUUGGGAUUUGAUAUUUGUAGCUGUUAUCGGAAAUUUAGGUCAUGAUUUAGUUGAAGAUAUUUCUGGUACUAACAUUGAAAGAUUUAUUUUAACUUUUUAUCCUAUUUAUAAAAUAUGGCUGGAUAUGACCGUUUAUAUGAAUUUUUACAGUACAGAAGACUUAUUUGAGAAAUUUUUCUUGUUAUUUGAGAUGAUGCUUGUAAUUAUAAUGGUGUCAUACGUUAUUGCACGCUUGACAUUCAUGAUUUUGCAUAUAUUACAUGCGGCAUGGAUUCCAUUAUUUCGCACAUCAUUUAUGAAUACUGCAUGGGGAGUUUUCAUUCCAUGCAUAAUUUGGAUUGUAGCAAUAUUUGUUCCACGCAAUAAGGCUAAUAUAGCAAUGUGGACUGCAAUCGCAUUUGAGAAUUUAUGGUCUGGAUUAAUGCCAUUAUAUGUUCGAUUUGGAAGACGACUUUUUCAUAAAAUAGAUGCAAAAGAAGAAGUAGUUGUUGAUACGACACGUGAGAAUAAAGCACCUGUAAAUGAUCCUUCUUCUCCAACUUCUCCAGUUUCUCCAGUUUCGCCAUUUUCUCGAACUUCGACAACCACAAGUCGUUCACCACAUCCACAUAAAGCAAUGAGAACUCGUGGUACAGAAUAUCAAUGGAAAUGGAAACACUUAUUCUCAAUAUUUGAGUUGUCAGAGUAUAGACCCGCAAUGAAUAUUGAACAUUAUAGUGAAAGAUUAGGAUUAUUCGCUAUUAUAGCUUUGGGAGAGGGUGUUCUUGGAGUUUUAUAUACCAGUUUUAAUCCACGACCCGAUGGUCAACUUGGGAAGGCUAUAUUAGGAUUACUGAUUGCUUACAAUCUACAUUGGAUAUAUUUUAUUGUGGACGGUAGUAAACAAUUUCAACAUGCUUUAAGAAGACAUAUAGUUACCGGUCUUUUAUUUGGGGUAAUUCAUUUUCCAUUGAAUAUGGCGUUAAUUGCAUUUGGUUUUUUUUAUAGAGCGUCAUUAGGAAAAAUUGUACAACUUCGUGAUUUUCCUGGUGCUCAUAACAUUCCAACAAAUGAAGUCGGUUCUCAUGCAUUAGUAGCUGAAAGUAGCUCUCCUUCCGAAAGUACUCCAACAGAAGUUGAUUCACAUAAUGAUUCAUAUGAUCCUCAUAAUGCUCCAUUAUUUUGGUUAUAUAGUGUUACAUUAGCAAUUUCGUUAUAUUGUAUGGGCAUAAUUGGAGUAUUACAUAAAGGAUUAGACGAAGAUAAUUAUCUAAGAAUUCCAAAGUCUUAUCGAAUUAUCUUGAGGUUCAUAAUUGGAACAAUUUGUUUAUUGUUACCAUUAAGUAAAGUUAAUUCAUUAAAUUUGGUUGUUAUAACAUCUUUGCUUUCAUUAUUUUUGGUUCUCGUUGAAACUUAUGGUAGACUUAGAAAGGGAGUACCAUUAUUUGGUAAAUGUGAAGAUGAUGUUAUAAUACAUCCCGAAUAUAAGAAAUAUAUUAGAUGGAGAUGGGGGAAUAAAGAUUUAAAUAAGAGAACUUGGAGUACCGGAAUAUUAAGGAAAAAGAAGGGUGAAAAAAGGAGGGAGAACGAUACUAGUAAUAUAAUUUUAGGUGAAUGAUAUUAGUAGUAAUAAUAUUUUGGUGUAAUUAUAAAAUAAUCUCAUUUAAAUAAGAAUUCUUGUAAAUUGAAUUAAAUAAUCAUCUUUGGAAAUCACUUCAGAUUAAUAUCAAUAUAAAACUUUUACCGAUAUUGUUCUAAAUCUGUUCUAAUUGACGGUCCGAUUAGAACACCC